AUGCGUGAAAGGGGGCGAGAUUUCCAGAGAUUCCCAGAAAGCGGUGAAAGUAUUGGCGACUCGGAUAAGUAUAAAGUUCACGAUGGUCUACUGGUAAUCGAAUCCUUGUCCGAACAUGACAGCGGCGAGUACAAAUGCAUAGCUUCUAAUGCAGUUGGGAACGCGACACAAACAGCUCAACUGAAAGUUCUCCUGAAACCCCGAGUGGAGAAACUCUUAGAUCUAACCAAAAAAGAGAGCGAGAGCGUAGAAAUCGUCUGCAAAUAUAGUGGAGAUGGUAUUAGUAAUGCUAAAUUCGUAUUUGGCUCAGAAGAAUAUUCGGUUGUUGACGACGAGGAACAAAGCAAAGAGCUGACGCCUUCUGAUAAAUCUGGUACUGGAGGUGAAGAUGAAGAUGGAGAAGAGGAAAACGAUGAGGAAGCGAAAGUUGAAGCCGAGAAUGACGAAAAAGAUAACGAGAAUGCCGACAAAGACGAGGAUGAAGAUGACGAAGAGGAUGAAGAAGUUGAAGAGAAGGAAAAUGCUCGAAUCAAACGG